AUGCCGUUGCUUGCGCUCACAGACGUGGGGGUCCCAGAAGAGGUACAAGCAGCCUUGUACCACAGGGGGUACACCUCCAUGCGGCUGUUCUCUGGUAUUGAUGAAACCAGGGCUGAAGUCCGUUUGGCGCUCAACGCCGAGAUCGGAUUAGACCACACAGCAGGGAACGCUGAGAGGCGCAGCACAGCCUUGGUACUUAGCGCCUGGGAGACAUCGAGGACGCAGCAGAAGUCCAGCGAUGAGACUAGGGCAGAGGCCCGGGCAGCAAUGGUGCCACGGCCGGUGCCGGUCAAUGAGCACGCGAUGCUCAGGGAGGCCCUGGAGAGUCAGAUAGGGCGCCUGAGGGACUACGAGGUUCCUGCAAAGAGCCUCAUUGCAGCAAAGUUGGAUGACAUAGAAACCAACCUGCCGAAGUUGGAGGAUCUCAGAGAUGUGGCCUCGAUAGAGGACGGAGAAGCAGACUUGCUCCAAGGGAGCUUGGACGCCGCCACAGGGACCUUCAAGAUGAAGGCGGCGCGCAACACGGUGACUAUGCCGAAGACGGCAGAAGAGCUUCGCUUGAGGCAUCGCCGUAUAGGUCUGGCCUGGGAAAUGGCCAGGACAAAACACAGGAACCGUGUUUGGCUGCAAGGAGGGCUCGUGGAAGCCUAUCGCCAUUUGAGCGAUCACGUGCUUGGAAAGCAUGUGCAUGGCCUACAGCUACCACACGAACAAAAACCCCGUUGGGAGUUAGUGCUCGGGUACGAGCAAGAGGUUCGGAAACGUGCCUACCAACUGCUCCGACGAGGUGAAGAGCCCACGUUGGAAGAUGCAAUGAAGAGGGCCAUCAGUGACCCCGAGACCAUGAACCUCCACUUUGUGGUGCCGCUGACAACAAGUAUUGCUGCGAGCCACAGCAGUAGCAGUGGCGGGCGCCAGGGGGGGACCACGGCCAAGCCAGGCCAAGGAGGGCCAAGCCCAAGCAAAGGCUCCAAAGGAGCAGGACGUGGCCCCAAGCCGGUCAAGAAACUACAGGUGAAGACCCCUGAUGGAAGGCCGUUAUGUUUUAAGUAUAACAAUAACAACAAGUGCGUUGCCAAGAACUGCAACUUCGUGCACCAGUGCCAGCGAUGCUUGGGAAACCACCCCAAGUCGGCGUGCAACACCAUCCGGAACGACACCAAGGCCAAUGCAGAGCUGAAAGAAAAGGCCGACCUCGGUACGACCUUAGUCAUGCGAUGCAUAGAAGCCUUGGAGCUGGCGCCGGGCGAGACUGUAUGCCUCUGGGAACACCCAGAAGAUUUGGGCCGGGCGCGCAAUGGAACGCCGGCAAGUGUGUGGCAACUUGAAGCCCUGCGCAAGGUGGCCAAGAAGAGGGGCAUGGACACAAUUGCCUUCCACCAAUGCACCUACGGCGCUGACUACCCCAAGCCAACAAGAUUUCUCAGUGAUGCGAGAGGACUUUUGCAGCUGGGAUUUGGCGGUUGGCCCACCUUCAACAAAGACUCAUACUAUUUGGGGCCCUUGCCCCGCUCUUGCGGACACUCGCACCAGCCUUUGAUCGGUGCAGAGGAUGGCGGGGGCUUCAAGACAGCGCCUACAGCGGCAUACCCGCCAGAAAUGAAUCUGAUGAUCGCCUCAUUGCUGUUCAACCAUUGGCACCAAAGCCAGCCCACGACGCCUGUCGGAGGGGGAGAAGACCAACAGCAACAGCAACAUGGCUGCGCGAGGACUGGCAAUAGAGACGAGGAGGACCCAUACAAAACAAGGAUGGUUACGGAAGAAGACCCAGCGUUGGAGCUGGCAAAGGCAGUGGAGAAGGAGAGAGGAGCAGUUUCCUACUCCAUGAGAGGGCCAGGACAGAAGCUCUUCCAUGACGGGGCAGGUUUAUGUUCCCAGGGGAAUAGGAGACCGGCCUUCCGGGAUAUAUCCGUGAUGAGCAGUGUGGGAGAGGAGCUACUGGCCUUGACGACCGAAGAAGACUUGAGGAAUGACUUGUACAGGCUUGCCUUGGGUAGAUGCGAGGGCCCCCCCUUCCGAGAAGGUGUGGUGGAAGCGGCCAGGAACUUGCGGCUCAGGCACCUAUCACAGAGAUCGGGGGUCGAAAAGGCAAAGCUGGAACACGUGGAACCCCGGCAGCCGUUCAUGCUGGCGGCCAUCGCGGAGCACCUCAAGAUCAUUGGGGACCCGGACUGGCCGGCCUUCGGCACAGGGCCGGGCAGCUUCAGGACGGGUGUCCCCCUGGGGGUGCAGGGCAUGCCCCGUGUCCCGGAAGUCUUCGAGGCCAAGGAGAAAUGGCGAAAAUACGAGCCCGUCCCCUGGCCUACAGACAAGAACAAUUACACCUCGGCAGUGGACAAUGCGGGGGCGGUGCAAAGACAAUUCCGCAAGGAGGAGGCUCUGGGAGCCAUGGUGGAGAUGGACGAAGGAGCCGCUAGAGAGCGGUACGGCGAUAGGGUGAGGGUGGCCGCGCUAGCAGCCUUGGAAAAGUCGGACCACAGCUUCAGGGUGGUGCACGACGCUACACACAAUGUUGGGGUCAACUCCCAGAUCAAAGUGGAGGACCAAUUGAGGUACCCGGGACCAGCGGAGAUCAAGAUGGCCAUGAGGGUACUGUUUCCCCCGACCUUCAUCCUGGCAGCAGACAUCGCCAGGGCUCACCGGCUGGUGCUGGUGCGAGAGGAAGACUGGGGGUACCAGACGUGCCGCACUGGAGUGGACGAGGUGUGCCCAUUCCCUCCUGGCCAGGUCGACGUGAAGGAGUGCGAGCUGGGGAUGACAGAGAAGAGGCUCAGAUGGGCGAGAGACUGGAUGGAGCGGACGAUUGCAAAUAAGAUUGUGCAGGUUGAGGAGUUCAGGUCAGCGCUGGGACGGUUGGCCUUCAUGAUGUCGGCCUUUACGCAUCUGAAACCGCUGCUGGGCCCGCUCUACUCCUGGACCACGGCGGUAGACCACUGCCGGACGCUACAAGUCCCUGCAGCGAUCAUCUUGAUCCUGACCUUCCUCAAGGCGACGAUGGUACCCGGGAUAGCCCGCACUAAGGUGAGGGUAUCACCGGAAGUGGAAGAGGACCACAUCUUCAGGCCCGAUGCAAAGGCCGAGGGGGAGACGGUUGUCCUUGGAGGUUGGUGCUGCGGCGAUUCCCAUGACAGAGGGCAAUGCCGAUGGUUCUCCGUGAAGUUGGACAGGAGCAAUGCCCCCUGGGUUUUCGAAGCCGGAGAACCUUACAGAGCCAUAGCGUCGUUGGAGCUGCUGGGGACCCUAGCGUCGAUCAAGGCCUUCCCGCCGGUCCAGGGUAGCGCCCGUAGUUUCUGCCUGUCGGCCGGCACGGACAAUCUGGGGAACCGGCACCUCGUGUCCAGGCUCUUGACGACGAAGUUCCCCUUGUGCAUCGUAUUGAUGCAGCUGGCCUGGACGCUUCAUUGCAAAGACCUGGAGCUGAGGCUGGACUGGCUGCCAAGGCUACAGAACCGGGAAGCUGACGCCCUCACCAACGAGGACUUCAGUGGAUUCAACAUGGACUUACGGGUCGAGGUAAAGCCAGAGGACCUUCUGGAGGAGCAGUUCAAGGAGCUUUUAGAGAAGGGGGGCGAACUCUUUGAUGAAAUCAAAGAGCUCCGGAGGAAGAGGAAGGCGGGAGUGAUGAAGUCACUUCCUGCCAACAAGAAGUCCAAAGGGACGGACCUGAUUGGUCGAUGGUGA